CGCGUUCGUCCCGCUCGCCCUCCCAUCUUGCCUCCCUGUGUCUGCGCUGCAGACUUCUCAUAACCUCCUCGUCUCACUAUCGCUCGUCGCGAUGCGUGUCUCAUUGAUCACAACUUUCGCAUAUGUUCCUAUCGCACUGGCCCUCGGGCCUGUAGGGAAUCUACCUAUUGUCAACAAAGAAAUCGCACCGGACGGAUUUUCUCGCCCGACCGUACUCGCCAACGGUAUAUUUCCUGGAGAGCUCAUCACAGGCACGAAGGGGGACACGUUCCAAAUCAACGUUCAAGACCAGCUCAAUGACACACGCAUGCUAAGGAGCACGACCAUACACUGGCAUGGAUUCUUCCAAAAGAACUCCAAUUGGGCGGAUGGCCCUGCAGGAGUCACACAAUGCCCCAUCGCUACCGGUGACUCUUUCGUCUACGAGUUCGGCGUCCCCGACCAGGCGGGGACAUUCUGGUAUCACUCGCAUCUGAGCACGCAGUACUGCGACGGACUACGUGGUGCGAUGGUGGUAUACGAUCCCGCAGACCCUCACCUUUCGCUGUACGAUGUCGACGACGACAAUACUGUGAUCACUCUUGCGGAUUGGUAUCAUGCGUUGGCACCGACGAUUAUAGGCGUCGGCACGCCCGACUCCACCCUCAUCAACGGAAAGGGCAGAUACAAUGGUGGAUCGCUCACUAAUCUCACUCGCAUCAACGUCGUUCGCGGCCGUCGCUAUCGCCUCCGCAUCGUGUCCUUGUCCUGCGACCCGAGCUUCACCUUCGCUAUCCACGGACACAAUAUGACGAUCAUUGAGGCCGAUGGCGUGAAUACGCAGCCGCUAGUGGUGGACUCCUUAGAGAUCUUCGCGGGACAGCGAUACUCCGUAGUAGUUCAUGCGAAUCAACGUAUCGGCAACUACUGGAUCCGCGCCAACCCCAGCUUCGGUACCAUCGGCUUUGCAGGCGGUCUUAACUCCGCCGUCCUCCACUACAUCGGCGCGUCCUCCUCUGAACCCGCUGAGGUCGACACCGAGCCCGUCUCCUCUUCGCCGUUUGUGGAGACCGCCCUCCGUCCUCUCGAGAACCCUGGCGCGCCUGGUCUCCCUCAGCAAGGAGGAGCCGACGUAAACCUCAACCUCGCGAUCGACCUCACGCUGGACCCAUUCCAGUUCACGAUGAACGGCGCGCCAUUCAUCCCGCCGAGUCUGCCGGUGCUGCUUCAGGUGAUGAGCGGAGCGCGUACUGCGCAGGAGCUACUUCCAGAAGGUAGCGUGUAUACGCUGCCGCCGAACCAGACCGUUGAGAUAUCGAUACCUGGCGGCAGCGCGGGAGCGCCCCAUCCUUUCCAUCUGCACGGGCAUACCUUCGAUGUCGUCCGCAGCGCAGGGAGCACAGAUUACAACUACGCGAAUCCUAUUCGCCGGGACGUGGUUAACACGGGAUUAGCUGGUGACAAUACUACGAUUCGGUUCAGGACGGACAAUGCUGGGCCCUGGAUCCUUCAUUGUCAUAUUGACUGGCAUCUAGACAUUGGUCUCGCCGUCGUAAUGGCAGAGGACACGGAUAGUAUGGCGGAGUCCGUACAGCCAACUGCGUACGGUGAUCUCUGUCCCAAGUACGACUCGUUGUCUGAUGAUGAACUGGGUGGACUCGUUGACUAGACCUCGCGGCCUCCGUCGAAUGCGCCAGUCAUGCUACGAGGACUUUGAACGCCAACCAUGUAUCCUUUGUUCUCGGCUUCUCACUAUGCUUGUCAUCCUUAUAUAUGUGGUAUAUAUUCACGAGGGUUGAUUCUCAAGGCCUAUAUGCUCUGGCUGACGGGGGGAAGCUACGUUAGGGAAGAAUGAGUGUUUACUGAUAGAAAUAUUUCUCUGCUCGG